AUGUCAACAGAUCACCUAGUUCCUCCGCUUCGAUAUAACAUAGUACAGCCCAACCUCUAUCGUGGUGGCUAUCCUCGAAAAGUGAAUUUUCCUUUCCUCGAAUCCCUCAAUUUAACGACCAUUAUCUCAUUAACACCAGACCCGAUCACAAAAGAGACAGAUCCCCAACUCUUUGAAUUUGCGGAGGAGAAGGGAAUCAAGCUAAUUCACAUCGAAUGUGCACAAUCAGGUAAAGGAAAGAAGAGGGGAGUCCCUAUGGGAUAUACUUCGGCCCUCGCUGCGCUCAAGUAUAUGAUUCACAAGAAGUUUACUCCGGUUUAUCUACAUUGUUUGAAUGGUGGUCAAGUGACAAGUCUUGUCAUCGCUUGUCUAAGAAAGCUUCAGUUUUGGUCAUCAAUCGCAAUUUUCAAUGAGUUUAUUAACUUCACUACAAACAUAACGCUAAACGACAGAACUUUUGUGGAGGGAUUUAAAGGAGAAAUCAGUAUUCAACCUCAGGACAAAGCCGAAUGGUUGUGGGUGGGUUUGAGUAAAGGUGUGGUAGGAAACCAUCCGAAAAUCAAGGUUAGGGAAGAGUCUCAAGAUUCGAAGAUUGACUGUGCAUCGACUAUCUAA